AAUAAAGCAAAUUUGAGCUUCUAAGUUAUUGAGGUGACCUUACAUGAGUCUAUACUGUUCAAGCUUUGAUAAUCAGUGUUACUGGAUGAUGGAUGACAGUCAAGUAGUGUGGAACAGCUCAGCACCUCAAGAGAUGAUCUGCUCAAUUUGCUCGGAUAAAGCCGAAGGAUAUCAUUUUGGAGCAAUAAGCUGUGCUGCAUGUGGUGCAUUCUUCCGACGCAGUGUUUCUGAUCAAAAAGUAUACUCAUGUUCUAAUAGACAAUGUAGUAUUGUACACGAUCCAACAAAGAGAGGUGGAAGCUGCAGAUUCUGCAGAUUUUUGAAGUGUGUGAGCAGUGGAAUGAUGCCUCAAGACGUAAAAGCCAAAAGAACUUCUUCAUCACAACAAAAUGUCACGUCUCUUUACCGAAAUAUGAAUCAAAGUUCCAUUCUACUAAUCGAUCAAAUUAUUGCUUUUCGCAGAAGUAUUGCAGCUGAAAGGCCGAUUUUCGAUUUGAUUUCCCGAUCAACAACUCGUACAAACUUGAAAAUUUCUCUCCACCAAGAAUACGAAAUUAUGCGAAGAAUAUCAACUGGAUCUCCCUUGAUCAUGCAAGUUAUCGAACAUUUUUACGCACACUUUGGGAGCUUGGAUAAUAAUUUCAUGAGCGACCCACUCGGUGACAUAUUCCUAUUGGUUUUUGUCUUUGAAGCAUGUGUUUUGACUGCUACAAAAGGUGGAAUCCAACUAGAUAGACUGUUUCUGCCAAAUAUGGUCCAUAUUGAUUUGAGUGAGCAACCAUUUUUGGAGUUUAUGGAGUGUGAGCAACAUGUCAAUUUGAACCCAUACAGAAACAUUCUGAAUUCAUUUAGUUUCCUUGUUCAAUUGGUAUCACGAUCGUUUCAAUCAUGCAAUUUCGAUGAACCACUUUUAUCCAUUUUAUUCUAUAAAUGCAUAACGGAAGCAGUUCCAAUCAAUUUUCGACAUUGUUUUGCUGAUGUGAAUCGGGAUAGUCUUUUGACAGAUUUGAACAGAGUAGAUCCUGUUUCAUUUGAACAAAUCCAGAACACAUCUGCCCAAAUUCAUCAAGGAACUCGGGCGUUCAAAGAUGCAAUCUCAAGCAUUUUAUAACUUGAAUAAAUCGAUUUUUUUGAAGAAAUGUUUCUAAAAAUUAAACAGCUGAUAUGAACUUCUCAAAACUAAAUUUGUACUUCUCAAAAGUAAAUUUGUAAAUAAAAUUGUUUGAUAUCU